AUGUCCGAGCGAAAGGUCUUGACCAAAUACUACCCUCCCGACUUUGACCCGUCGGCGAUCGGGCGCACCCCGAAGCAUCUACGCCAAAAGGGUCCCAAGGUCAUCACAGUCCGACUAAUGGCCCCGUUUCCCAUGAAAUGUACCAACUGCGGCGAAUACAUAUAUCGUGGGCGCAAGUUCAACGCUCGAAAGCAGACUCUCGAAGAGAAAUAUCUCAACAUCCCAAUCUAUCGAUUCUUCAUUCGCUGCACAAGAUGCAGUGGUGAGAUCACCUUCCGUACAGAUCCAAAGAACAUGGACUAUGAGUGUGAGAAAGGUGCCAAGCGAAACUUUGAGCCGUGGCGAGAUGCCAAGUCUGGGAAAUACAAUGAAACCGAAGAGGAAACGCUCGAUCGACUCGAGCGCGAAGAAAAUGAGCAAGAGGAGCAGAUGGAACGGGAUAAGAUGGUUGAGCUAGAGGAGAAGAUGCAAGAUUCGAAGCGAGAGAUGGCUAUUGCAGAUGCGCUCGAUGAGAUUCGGACGAGGAACGCGCGCAUUGCACGAAAUGAAGGAUUGGAGGACGAGGUUGCUUUAGAUCUUAUCCACAACGAGGUGGACGAGGCAAAGUUGCGGGAAGAGCAGGAGGACGAGGAGGCCGCGAAGAGGGCUUUCAUGACUGCUUCCGGCGAGAGAAUCAAGCGUGUUGUGGAUGAGGAGGAGCCGCCUGUACCGGGUCCCUCUCAAACAAAGACUGCCCAGGCUCAGAUGCCGCCGCCAUCGACGUCUUUUGCCCGAGUCAAAAAGCCGAAGAAGGGCGGUGUCUCCAUUUUGGGCAUCAAGAAGAAGCCAUCCCUGGUUUAA